UCCACGCUUUUUUAUCAGGGUUUUUUCUGGAUCUAUUUCUUUAGGGUUUUGGAUCGAGACUCGGGGCGACGAUGGAAGAUUUGGUAGCGGAAAAGCAUGUGAAGUACAUCCUCUCCGUGGAAAAGAAGAAAGAUGAUUUCGAGUCUCUAGUGUUGGAGCAUCUGAGGAUGAACGGCGCCUAUUGGGGUCUGACCACUCUGGACCUCCUCCAUAAGCUCGGAGCUGUCGAUCCGGAUGAGGUCGUAUCGUGGAUGAUGGAAUGCUAUCACCAGGAUUGCGGAGGGUUUGGUGGGAAUAUUGGUCACGAUCAUAAUGUUCAUGAAUGGUUCAGAAUAUUCCAAUGA